AUGGAGUUGGCUAACAUAGCAAAGUGCUUAUUGUUGGGUGUUGUGAUUCUGUGGAUUCAAAUCCAUGGAAACAAAUGUUGCUUUGAAGAAGAGAGAUUGGCUCUCUUAGAUUUCAAGGCAUUUGUUGGAUCAAAUGGGUUUGACGCAGACCAUCUUCUUCCUUCAUGGAUUGAUGAUCCAACCAGCAAUUGUUGUAAAUGGGAGCGUGUCAUGUGCAACUCAACCAUCGAUCACGUGACUGAGCUGUCGCUCAACAAUACACGACAAUAUGAUAUAGGGAGUGAUUCGUUUUAUUAUGAUGAAAAUAGUUGGUAUGUAAACUUGUCAAUGUUUCAGCAACUGAAAGAGCUCAAAACUCUUAAUUUAUCCUACAAUAAUUUCGAUUGUUCUAUUGAUGACCAAGGUUUUGAAAGAUUGAAGAAGUUAGACAUUAAUGGAAAUAGAUUCAAUAAAAACAUAUUAUCAUCAUUGGGAGCUCUUACAUCACUCAACACUUUAACUCUUAGUCACAUGUAUGAUGCAAUGGAUAGUUCAUUCCCUAUCCAAGAUUUUCAAAGAUUAGAGGAGUUGGAUUUAAGUGGCAAUAGAUUCAAUAAUAGCAUCUUAUUAUCAUUGGCUGCUCUUCCAUCACUUAAUACUUUGAUUCUCAAUGACAAUUAUAUGGAAGGUUCAUUCCCUAACCAAGGUCACGUGACUGAGCUCUCGCUCAACAAUACACGACAAUAUGAUAUGGAGAGUUAUUCGUUUUAUUAUGAUGAGAAUAUUUGGUAUGUAAAUUUAUCAAUGUUCCAGCAACUGAAAGAGCUCAAAACUCUUAAUUUAUCCUAUAAUCAUUUCGAUUGUUCUAUUGAUGAUCAAGGUUGUGAAAGAUUAUUAAAAGUGAAGAAGCUUGAAGUUUUAGACCUGACUUCGAAUAGAUUUAGUAAUAUCAUUUUAUCAUCAUUGGGUGCUCUUAUAUCACUUAAAACUUUAAUUCUUAGCAGCAAUAGAAUGGAAGGUUCUUUUCCUAUACAAGGUUUUCAAAAAUUAGAGGAGUUGGACAUUAGUUUGAAUAGUUUCAAUAAUAGCAUUUUAUCAUCAUUGACUGUUCUUCCAUCACUCAAGACUUUGAUUCUCAUAAGCAAUCUCAUGGAAGGUUCAUUCCCUAAUCAAGGUUUUGAAAGAUUAAAGAAGUUAGACAUUAGUAGGAAUAGAUUUAAUAAAAACAUAUUACCAUCAUUGAGAGCGCUUAUAUCACUCAACGCUUUAAUUCUUAGUGGCAUGUAUGAUGCAAUGGAUGGUUCAUUCCCUAUCCAAGAAUUAAAGAACUCGAACAACUUAUAA